AUCAUCAUCAUCAUCAUCAUCAUCUUCACUAUCAUCAUCUUCACUUGUCAACAACAAUAAAAUGAAAGCUCUUUCACUCUGCAAUCAUCAUUAUAUCAACGCCUCCACGUCUUCACUACCAGCCUUACUCCCAUCAUCCACUUCAUCAGCUCCUAUACCAAGGACAUCAUCAUCUACUAACAGCAAGAUCAUCAACAACUCCACGCAACCAAAUCAAAUGGCCAUCGAACGGAAAGGAAACAUGAUACCAAAACUCACCAUUUUGGAUAUUCUGGAAAAUGGAUCCUCACCAACCAACAAACAUCUUCGAUCCUCCUCAAGAACAAACAAGAGAUUAUCAGCUCAGCCGCCACAUCAUCAAACACCUAUCUUCCUCAAACACACUGCUGCCGAUUCAGUCCCACAGCAUAUCAAAGAAGCGGUUGAACGUGACAAAGCAACCAACGAAUUUCAUCACUUCGAACCUCACAUGCCAGAUACACCAACCCCACUCACUAGAUCCACCUCUCUUUCUCAGUUUCCUCUACCGCCUAUCACUACCACUGCAACAACCACAACAACUACAGCCGCAUUAACACCAGCAACGACAGUAGUACCCUCAGAAACCGUAUUAGCAGCAGCAGCAGCAGCAGCAGCAGCAGCAGCAAUAUCAACAGAAUCAGUGGACACAAAGUAUCCAGAAGCAACGUCCGCACCAUCUCCGCCACCGCAUGAACCCAACAAUGAUGAUGCAUCGCUCGAUUCAUCCUCUUUGUACGACAAGGAGAACCAGUCCAAUGGUACAAUGGAGACCCAUGAGCAAGACGAUCAGCUCGAUCAAGAUGCUUCUUUUUAUAGCAACACAAAAGAAGGGAAUAAAAUGGAUGACGACCUUAUUGACAACAGCAGCAACAGUAACAUCAACAAUGUAGAAGAUGAAGAAUUGGACAACAAGAUGGAUUUACUAGUGUAUCUACCAUCCUCUGAACAACAUUUAUGUGAUUUUGGAAAAACUCUAUUGACCGAGCUUGAUAGGAUUUCUUGUGAUUCGAUAUUUCAAAGCCAUGAACGUCCUUUAUCGUCGUCCUCAUCAUCAUCAUCAUCAUCGUCAACUAUCUCCUCAAUGAAAGAAGAAACGACGAUCGAGGGCUCUCAGCAACAUACGGAAACUAGAAUGGACGAAGCUAGACAAGAUGAACAUACACAUUCCGUGGCUUGGCAAUUACUGGACGGACAAGAGGAUAAUGUGAAGCUUCUGAUACAAGAUGAGAAACAUCAAGUAGAUUCAGUGGCCAGUGGACGAUUGUAUAUCAAAGUGAUUGCAGCUGAAAAUCUGGAUUUCCCUAUUGAUUACGAUGCACCAGCCGUACGAUGUUCCUUGGGUAAUGGAAGUAACUAUAUCGAGUCGGGUUAUUACAAGAUGCAACAUGAUAUUCAUUUUAAUCAUGAAUUCAUAUUAGACAAUGUUCAAUCCGAUGAAGAAUUCACACUAACUUUACAUGCGGUUCGACCUGGUCAAGAUAUGGUCCCAUCAUCAUCAACAACAACGAUAACUUCUAAGCGUUGGUCAAGGCGGUCUUCCUUUACUAGCCGAACAGAUGAUUUAUCAAGGUACAUCAAUCGACAAGACGGUGCAUUGGCGCAGACACGAGUUUCGUUGGCAGCAGUAUCCUAUCAGUGUCGUUCAAGAUUGUGUACGGCAUCCUUUGCUUUAGUCAAUAGUUGGUAUCGCCCUGCGAAGAAACCAAAUCAUCAUCCUCUUUUAAUAUCCAGGUCGAAAAAGGAAAAACGCUUGAGUUUGGUACCAGAAAAGGCUGUGGGCAAGAUUACUAUGGAAUUGUUUUAUUUACCUAAUGCUGAUCCUCAAAUUCCUGAUUUACCUGAAGAUAUGGAUGGAUGUGAAAAUGCAUUGAAUAUUCAACGAUUUCAUCAAACCGUUUGGUGUUCUGGUUACAUGUCCCAAUUAGGUGGUGAUGUCAAGUUUUGGCGUCGACGAUACUUCAAACUGACUGGUGGCCAACUCUAUUCUUAUACCGAUACAUUCCAUUCACCACGUGCCUUGAUUGACCUUUCCAAAGCAAUAGUUUUGACUUGUGACAACCGUAUAGUAAAGGAUACAGGCGAGACAUUCUCCUCGACCGUUAAUAAUGGAUGGAUGAACAACAAUGAUGUAGGUCAAACAUUGAUGAUGGAACUUGAAAACACCUCUACUAUGGAAAGGUAUCACCAUACACACAGUCAUCAAGAGUUGGAAACAUCGAUUGAUAUAUCCUCUCCAACAUGGUCAGACUCGACAACAACAACCAUUAAUAGAAAAAUGAUGGAUGAUGAUGAUGAUCUCUCUUCUUCCUACUCGGUCAAGAAUAGCUUCCAAUUGAAAUUUGUGGAUGGCACCAAAAUCGAGUUCUUCUGUGAUUCAGCAAAUGAACGCCAACGUUGGCUAGAUGUGCUCAAGGUGAUUCUUGGUCGUAUUCCUAGUUUACCUUCAUGGUUGUCCGUAUAGAUCAUUUCCCUUAUGUUACUCCUUUUUUUUGUAUAUAU